GUUGUCCGAGACACACGACGAAACAAGCCUUCGCCGGAACCUGCCCCAUGGAGGAAGACAAUUCCCGAAUACUCGAACAUGCCAACUCUGAGUUUAAAAGGAGGAAUUUCAAACAGGCAGAGGAGCUGUACACAGAGUUUAUCUCUUCCUGCUUACAGUCCAGGGACUGUGAAGCUGCUAGGUUGGCCACUGCUUAUAACAACCGUGGACAGAUAAAGUACCUCCGGGUGGAUUUUCAUGAAGCAGUAGAGGAUUACACCUCCGCAAUACAGGCUGACAGUCACUUUGAAAUACCUUUCUACAACAGAGGACUCAUCCACUAUAGACUAGGUUUUUUCGACCAUGCCAAGAGUGACUUCCAGCAAGCGCUAAAGCUCAAGCCAGAGUUUGAAGAUGCCAAACUGAGCCUGCAACAGACACUUCUGGAUCAGCAGCAGAAGAUAAACAGGGGAUACUGACAAUCUCUUAAAGUACAGAGUACAUAUUUUAUAUAUCCUGCAGUCUGGUGGAUUAAAAAAAGAUAGACCAGUACUGUCAAUCAUUUUCAGUUUAUUUUAUUUUUUUUUGCCAUAUAACAAAUCAAGAUGUCGUUAUUUAAUCUGAAGAUGGGCGGUUUUAUUACGUGUCAAACAAACACUGUAAAGCAAUCUGCACAAACAAAUUUACAGCUUAAAAUCUGACAAUAGAUGCGAAAUGCAAAAUCAUUUGCUGUUUGAACACAUGAAAGGAAGUAGACCUCCCACUGGAUCUGGCGCGACACUAAUAUGGAUUUUUGUUAAACAGAGCAUUGAUAAUUCAUUUUCUGCACCGACUCGACUCUUUCGGUUGGAAAAAAAAAGGUAUGGCCUCAUAAAUGAAAAUAUAUCAUUGUAUAAGAUUGUGGUGGACAGUUCAGACUAAUCGACCCUGCUGCACCAGGUAAAACGAUGAACCUGGGUUUUACUGUCAGUAAUAAACGUUAGUGCACCAGCUUGAGGACACUUGGAGUAGGUUUGUGACCAUAAACAAACCAUAAUCAAGUGUUAGCAUACAGUAAGAACGGGGAGUCUCUCAGCUGCAAAGGAAAAACAUGUUUUGUGUCUUAAAUUGAAGUUUAGCCGCAGCCCAAGUCUUUCCACACAUUGAUGUAUGGUUUUAAGGAACGGUAGUUAUCCAUUACACUUCCUAGAUUCUUUUGACAAUGUCGAUUUUCUUGAAUAAUUACAAGAAAGAAAACAUUUCUUAUGUCAAGCACACAUGUAAAUAUGUUUAUAAUCAGUGAACAAUAAAUUAUUUGACUACACACUACAGAUUCAUGUGUAUUUAUCUGCACAUAUACAGAUAUUCCCAUCUUUUCAGGGACUUAUAUCAAGCUCACGCACUGUGUUUGAGGCAGGUGUAGGAUCAUUGAUGCAAAUCACCUGUGCAUAGUGAUUAAAGGAUAUAUAAAACAGCUGGUGACGGCUCACUAAGGCAGUCAGGACUUCACUUCAGAGUUGGGUUGUAGUAGGGGCUUGCAGGGGUUUCAGUGCCAAGCUCUGGUAGUGGUUGGAUUCCUGUUUAAAAAGAAAAAAAUUUUUUUUGUUGGGAUACGAACUGUAA